AUGGCACAAAUAAUAGCCGUCCGAAGAUUAGCACCUUUACUCAGAAACACACAUCAUCGGUGCAAUCUUCUGUCGGCUGCGGUCAGUUUCUCACAUAGUGCUACCUAUAAAAAGCAAGAAAAUCCCAAAGAAGAGGUUAACAACGAGCCGAUCAAAUAUUUUGGCAGUCAAGCGUCUCGCUGGACUGCGCAACGUAGCAGGGAAGGACCGAAGGGACAAGAUAUACCUUGGUUUCAACCGUACGUGGUAAACUUUAGUGUAGCGAUAUUUCUGAUUUACUUUUGCAUUCUACGAGAAGAGAACGACAUUGACGAAGGUUUGGGCAGGUCACUCUUUGAACAUGUUCCUGGAUUGGAAGAAAAACAACUUAUUGUCAGCUACCAUUACAACAAGGAAAAUGGGCUAUCAACGCUUGAUAUUGAGAAUAGGAUGAAAGAACUCGGUAUGAACUUUGAAACUGCUAAUUAA